AGGCGGUUUUCUAAGACAUGAGUAGGCUCUGAGCCCGUGCUUUGUUCUUGGGGUGCAAUCUCGGUGUGGUCUGUGUGAUAUUCGUGCGAAUCUAGUGGACUACCAAUUCACCAAGUGCCUAAAAUGACCAGAAAAUCAUCUAGAUCCACUCACUGAGCUACAAGUUCGAUAGUAAAAGUUGACCAAUACAUUUUGCGUAAGAUAAUGGAGUCAAGGAAAAAGUCCAACGCCAGUGACAUCAGCAUAUACCCGGGGCUCAAAGAAACUUCCACCGAGGAUGAAAUCAGUACGGGUAACACCGAGGAUAGCUUGCUCAGUUCCAGGACUAGCACGGAAACUAUAAGCUCCAAGAAGAAAGACGGUACGCAGUGCUGCCUUAAUAAAAAAAAAGGAAAAUGUGGUCAAAACUCGUGUUUGAUAUUUGGCGUAUUGCUCAUAGGCUGGGGUGUCCUUACACUCUUCUACAAACCGUAUGACAUGUUCAUGGAUCAAAGGAUCCAAAUGACUCCAGGUCUACCUCCGUAUGAAUGGUGGUUCGAUCCACCUGAAGAGGUUAUCCUUAAAAUAUAUUUAUUCAACGUCACCAAUUCCGAGGAAUUUCUGAACGGUACCGACAGCAAGCUGAAGUUGGACGAAGUAGGCCCAGUUAUAUACAGGGAAAAACUAACCCACUCCAAUCCGAUCUUCAACGAGAACGGUACCUUCACUUACACCGCCAACAGAACGGCCAUAUAUUUGCCAGAGCUGAACACCAUUGACCUCAAUUCAACAAUCGUAAUGCCCAAUUUGGGUGUAUUGUUGAUACCUGGGUUUUUAUACGACGCGUCUGUAUUCACGAAGAUAGGGGUAAACUUGAUGAUGAGCUCUUUGAAUAGCCAUCCCUUUAUCAAGACUACCAUCCAUAACUACCUCUGGAACAUAACGGAUCCACUUCUGGACUUUGCCCAGACCUUAGCGCCCAAUUUGGUACCCACCAAAAACGUCGGGAUUCUAAAUAAGAUAUAUUCAGAGAUGGAGGACAAUGUAACCGUCUACAUCGGGACCAAAUUUGGGCAUAGGAAGUUCUUCCUCAUAGAUAAGUACGACGGGACUGACAACCUUCCCCACUUUAACGGGGACAAGUGCGGGGACAAAGUUACCAACUCGUCUGAAGGUGUCAGUUACCCUCAGUUUUUAACUAGAAAUGAUACUCUGAAAUAUUGGAGGAAGACCUUGUGCAAAGUCGGUAAUCUUUACUACAGCAGGGAUGUAAAAUUAUAUGGUGUGGAUGCCUUCAGGUAUGACCUGACACCUUCAACUUUUGACAGGACCAACCCUUCUUACGAUGAUUGUUACAAGGGAACACCAGCUCUACCAAACGGUCUUUCUGACGCUGCUCCAUGCUACUUUGGUGUGCCAUUGGCUGCUAGUUUUCCCCACUUCUUACAUGGAGAUGACGUAAUAAGAACUUACGUUGAAGGGAUGAAACCAGACAUGGAAAAGCACAGUUCCUUUGUUAUAGUAGAACCUAAUACUGGGAUACCCCUUCAUGGCAUAGCGCGGUCACAGAGCAACUUGGUGAUGAACAACAUGAGAGGGUUCAAUGACAAAAUCAAGAAGUUCAGUGACAUCACCAUCCCCUUGACCUGGUUCGAAUAUAAUCAAGUGGGCAUUCCGUGGUACAUUGAGUGGCUGAUCUACUUCGUGGUGGUGCUGGUGCCGAUACUGCAAUACCUCUUCAUUGCUUGUUUGUUCUUUGUGGGGAUUUGUCUAGUAAUUAUUUACUUUAGAGCUAGAAGCCGGUCGAAAAGUCACUUGGUGGAGAACAAAACGCUAGCAUUCGAGACUGAAGUAUUUUUGAAACCUUGACGAACAGAUGCAUGUCCACGUAGUAAAAUGUUUAACCAAAGUGCCACAAAUAUAUGUAUAUGUGUGCUAUUAUUAGUUUUUACCAAAAAAACACCUAGUACGUUCUCUGUUAAGCUUUCAGCUGUGAUAUAAACAAUCUUUGCCUACAAACAGGGUGUUCGUUUACUAUUUAUAUCAGAGAUGGUUGCUGAAUAUAUAUAUUUCACAGUAGAUCUUCAUAUAUAUAAAACAUCCUGUAUACAAUUGUUUGUUCCAUGAAAAGUUGACUUAAGAAAUUUUCCUAUACAAAGACAAUAUUUGCCACUCCAUCCACAUGACGCUUGCUACAUUGGUAUAUAAAAUAUAUUUUUAAUACGAUUUUGAAAGUAGACUAGUCAAUUACCAAAAAUUGCAGCGGUUUUACGUAUAACGUCUCGAAUAUGAUUUUAUCCACAGCUACAAAAAUACAUUUAAUUGUGUCUUAACGAAAUAUUUUUUAAGAAAUUGGGGUCAAGUUAAGAAAACAGUGAUGUAUUUUUGUACCAAAUAUAGAU